AAUGUUUUUUUGUCUCCAAAACAAGUACAGGAAUAGCAAAUUGUUCGACGGCAAUGGCCGCUUGACUUUUGUUCAGUGGCGGCUGACGGCUUCCCCACUUCUCUCUCUUCUCCUCUUUAUGUGCCGUGCGGCCCCCAUCUGGUAAUUCUGUCAACUGCAGAAGAAGACCGAGGAUUCCAAUCUGUUCUAGGCUUCUAGCUUACUAGGGCACAAGUCACCAAACGCAUCACUAUGCCUUUAUUCUAGCAAUUUGUGAGCGUAAUUUUCGUAAGGCUGCUUGACUAGGUUUAGAAGGAAGGGAAAAGGUAAUGGCUGGAACGCUUAGAAAAUGCUUGUUAUGUUGCACAUCAACGAAGGUCACGAAGGAAGGCAUGACGAAGGACUCGUACGAGGAUGCCAUCGCCGGACUUUCCAAGCUCCUAAGUGAAAAAGCGGACCUCGAGGGCGUCGCCGCCGCCAAGAUCAGGGAGAUAACGGCUGAGCUGGCUUCGGCCGGUUCGAGCGACCCCGUCCAGAGGAUCAAAACCGGGUUCAUCCAAUUCAAGAAGGAGAAAUUCGAGAAAGAUGUUGAUCUGUACAGCAAACUGGCCACAGGCCAAAGCCCCAAGUUCAUGGUAUUUGCAUGCUCGGACUCUCGAGUUUGCCCAUCGCACAUCCUCAAUUUCCAACCAGGGGAGGCCUUUGUGGUCCGAAACAUCGCCAACAUGGUUCCUCCAUUUGACCUGACAAAGUACUCGGGAGUGGGGGCAGCCAUUGAAUAUGCGGUAUUGCAUCUGAAGGUGGAAAAUAUUUUGGUGAUUGGACACAGCUGCUGUGGAGGUAUAAAGGGGCUCAUGUCUAUCCCUGAUGAUGGAUCCACUGCUAGUGACUUCAUAGAGAGCUGGGUGAAAAUCUGCGCACCGGCAAAGGCCAAGAUCAAAGCAGCAUGCAGCGGUUUAAGUUUCACAGAGCAGUGCACCAACUUGGAGAAGGAGUCUGUGAACGUGUCAUUGGCAAAUUUAUUGACAUAUCCAUUUGUGAGAGAAGCGCUGGUGAACAAGACUCUGAGUCUGAAAGGCGGAUACUACGAUUUCGUCAAGGGCAGCUUCCAGCUUUGGGAUCUUGAUUUCAAAAUUACACCUAAUUUGACCGUAUGAGCAUCAAACUUUGUCCAGAAAGCAGAAACCUUCCUUUCGUUUCCUAAAAGAAUUUCGUCACAGUGCGUCUUCUCUGGAACAACAUUUGGCAAAAUAAUAGUCUUUGUGGAUUGUCUGGUGUUAAAAUAAGUAUAGUUUUGGUGAAUCA